GUCAGCUGGUUGAAGGUCCUGUCAACAUGAGGAUGACUUUGCUACAUGCUGUGAACUCAUGUCAAACUAAUCUGUAAGUUACACUUUAUACUUGACAUGAGAGCAUUUUUUAAAGACAAAUCAUAAGUUUGAUGUCAUUAAAGGGUUUGUUUGACAUCAGGUCAGAUUAGUGAAACCAGACUUCAAACUGAAUUUAUCUGUUUUUAAAAGACCUUUUUAUCAAUACUUGCACACUUUUAUUUCCACGUUUUGUCUGUUUUACUUUUUGUAUCUCUGUUGGGUCUUUUAUUCAGUCGUGUCUAGUUUUCUUCACCUCAUUGCAUCCUGAAAUGUUUCCCUCCUGGUUCAGCAUGUGAAGCUCUUUGUAGCUUUGUGCUGUUUGAACAACUAGUCCUUAGAGACGUGUCGGUGUGAAACAUGCUGCUGCCAACCAUCUUCACUACUGUGUUUCAUUCUGUUCAGCCCACAGACUGUAUAUAAAGAUGGAUGAUGAUCAUCUGCUGAUUACUGUACUGUAAGUCACUAAAACAAGGACUUUAAUAACUUUGCUGAACUUCAUUGUACUGUCGAGACAGUUCCCCUUUAAAUGAUUGAUGAUAUUUUUCAAAUCAGUGAAACAAUAACAAAAGUUUACAGAAGCUGCAGAUUUACAACUCGAGUCGAGGUUCGAGCUUCACUCACUGAUUUGUGGUCGUGUAUUUAACGUCUAAUAUUCCCUCCAAUCAAUCAAUCAAUCAGUGACACUUUAUUGAUAUACAGUAGUGCCUUUCAUACAGGCCAGUGAAGUCUCAUGAUGGUAGUAUGUGUUUACCAGUUAAACAAAGGAGGAAAGAUUCACAUAACAAAGUUACAUUUUUAGAUUACAGAUAAAGUAAAAACUAAAUGAACUUCCAGAGGUGUGGCAUUGCCUGAUGACCUUUGAGCUGCUAUGUUGAGUUUUAUGAUUUCAUUGUUGGUUCUUUAUGAUCUCAUCUAAAUAUCAUUACACAGACACUUCCUUCUCUGCAGCACAGCUCGGCUCAAACUGUUGAGCGAAACAACAUCCGAACGUUUCAUAAACUGGACAUGAAACACAUGAAAACGUCUCUGAUCUGCAGCCGUUAAUCAACAUGGACUUCUGGUUUCUGCUCAUUUUCAUUUUGGCUGUUCUUUUGGCCUCCUCCAGAACAGAAGCACAAACACCAACAACCCACAUGACCAGCGGCACCACUGACCUCCCAAACCCUACUACUACUAUUGCCAUCCCUGUUACUAAUCCUCUUUCUACCACUACUACUGCACCUACUACUACUACAUUUCCUCCUCCUCCCGCUACUGCUACACCUACUACUAUCACCACAUCUCUCCCUGAAUCCACAUCUCUCCCUGAAGCUACUACUAUCACUACAUCUCUCCCUGAAGCUACUACUAUCACUACAUCUCUCCCUGAAGCUACUACUAUCACCACAUCUCUCCCUGAAGCUACUACUAUCACUACAUCUCUCCCUGAAGCUACUACUAUCACCACAUCUCUCCCUGAAUCUACAUCUCUCCCUGAAGCUACUACUAUCACCACAUCUCUCCCUGAAGCUACUACUAUCACCACAUCUCUCCCUGAAUCUACAUCUCUCCCUGAGGCUACUACUAUCACUACAUCUCUCCCUGAAGCUACAUCUUCCCCUGAAGCUAGUACUAUCACUGCAUCUCUCCCUGGAGCUACAUCUCCCCCUGAAGCUACUACUAUCACUACAUCUCUCUCUGGGUCUACAUCUCCCCCUGAAGCUACUACUAUCACUACAUCUCUCCCUGAAGCUACAUCUUCCCCUGAAGCUAGUACUAUCACUACAUCUCUCUCUGGGUCUACAUCUCCCCCUGUAGCUACUACUAUCACAACAUCUCUCCCUGAAGCUACAUAUUCCCCUGAAGCUACUAUCACGACAUCUUCCCCUGAAGCUAGUACUAUCACUACAUCUCCCCCUGAAGUUACAUAUUCCCCUGAAGCUACUACUAUCACUACAUCUCUCUCCGGGGCUACAUCUCCCCCUGUAGCUACUACUAUCACAACAUCUCUCCCUGAAGAUACAUAUUCCACUGAAGCUACUAUCACGACAUCUUCCCCUGAAGCUAGUACUAUCACUACAUCUCUCCCUGAAGCUACAUAUUCCCCUGAAUCUACUACUAUCACUACAUCUCUCUCUGAAGCUACAUCUCCCCCUGAAGCUACUACUAUCACUACAUCUUCCCCUGAAGCUAGUACUAUCACUACAUAUUCCCCUGAAGCUACUACUAUCACUACAUCUCUCUCCGGGUCUACAUCUCCCCCUGUAGCUACUACUAUCACAACAUCUCUCCCUGAAGAUACAUAUUCCACUGAAGCUACUAUCACGACAUCUUCCCCUGAAGCUAGUACUAUCACUACAUCUCUCUCUGGGUCUACAUCUCCCCCUGUAGCUACUACUAACACAACAUCUCUCCCUGAAGCUACAUAUUCCACUGAAGCUACUAUCAUGACAUCUUCCUCUGAAGCUAGUACUAUCACUACAUCUCCCCCUGAAGCUACAUAUUCCCCUGAAUCUACUACUAUCACUACAUCUCUCUCUGAAGCUACAUCUCCCCCUGAAGCUACUACUAUCACUACAUCUUCCCCUGAAGCUAGUACUAUCACUACAUAUUCCCCUGAAGCUACUACUAUCACUACAUAUUCCCCUGAAGCUACUACUAUCACUACAUCUCUCUCUGAAGCUACAUCUCUCCCUGAAGCUACUACUAUCACUACAUCUCUCCCUGAAGCUAGCACUAUCACUACAUCUCUCUCUGAAGCUACAUCUCCCCCUGAAGCUACUACUAUCACCACAUCUCUCCCUGAAUCUACUACUAUCACUACACUUAUUCCUUCUCCCACUACUGCUUCACCUGCUGCUACUACUACUCCUCCUCCUCCUCCUCCUACUACUACUACUACUACUGCUGCUGCACCUACUACUACUACUCCCCCAACUACCACUCCUCUGGUUUGUAAUAACGGAGGGGUAUCACAGAAUGGUUUAAUCUGCAUCUGUCCUGAUGAAUGGGCAGGAGAGACAUGCUCAGAACCAAAUUUCUGCGAAGGACAAAGAGUGGGUGGAUUCAACUUCCCGCAAACACCCAUCGGCUGGUUUGCAUAUUCUGAAGAAACAUGCAACAAAGACACAAGCAAUGCUGACAAACCACGAGCUUCAGCCAGAUGCUCCUCCUUCCCGAAUGGAUCAAUAAGUUUCAACAGUCUACAAGAGUUCCAGUGUGACGUGACGCUCAGCGACGUACAACAAAAUCUCACCAGCCCGGCUCAAUUGGAGACGCUGGCAGCCAGUACUCAAAUCCUGACGUCCAAACCUGAACAGCUGACGGCUGAAAAUGUCACAGCAGCAGCUGAUAUUGCCAACACACUGCUUCUGUCUCCCAACGCUACAGAGAGCGUCAGGGUGGCAGCAGUAGCUACGGUCAGCCAGCUGCUGAACGCCAGCGUGCCUGAUGACACCAAGGAAAACAACACUACUCUGCGCCUGACUCAGACUCUGGACCAGCUCUCAUUGAACCUCAGCGCCAGCCUCAACUCGAAUCAGUCUAAUGUGGUUCAGCCCAACCUGGUGGUCCAGUCGGCUCAGAUACCUGCAGCCAACACUCAGGGAGUCCAGUUCACAUCGCUCAAAGGAGAGUCUGGCAGUUUUGUGGCCAACCGAAUCAAGCUGAACACCAACACGUCAACAGUUGAGGUGGGGGACAAGUUUGCAGCCGAUGCCCUGAUAUUAAUACGAUUUCCACCAGAAGCUGCCAAUAGUCGCCAGAGGCCGACAAACGUCUCGCUCGGCUUUGUCCUCUACCAGAACGGCAAUUUCUUCCGGUCAAGGCUCUACAGGGGGCCACGGGCCUCCAUCAGGGUCCUGUCUGCCAGCGUUACGGGUCAGGAGCGCAGCGUGGUGCCACAACACGUUGAGAUGCACUUCAGACCAACACUGAAGAACGGCACCUCGCUGUACAACUUUGCCUGCGUGUUUUGGAACUACAGUCUGGGGGACUGGAGCACUGCCGGCUGCUCCAAAGGCAACGCUUCAGACGGCGUUCUGCGAUGUUUCUGCAACCACACCACCAACUUUGCUGCUCUCUGGUCUUUCAAAGAGCAGUACGAGUAUGCAAAACCUCUGCAGGUGAUUUCCAUCGUUGGACUCUCGUUUUCUAUUUUCGGUUUGGUUGUAACGAUCAUUCACCACAUUAAAGAGAACUUCUAUAGAAGUGCUCAGAAAAACAAGAACUCAAAGAUCGCUCUGCUCUGCAUCUGCAUCAGCCUGCUGGCCUUCAUCAUCACCUUCCUCUCCGGAGUCCAAAACUCCAACAAACAGAAUGACACAAAGCAGGAAAUCAGCAAUGAAACCAAUCAGGUCCUCACCUCCGACGAACAUGUGGAACCAGAUCAUGGCUCAUGCACAGCAGUGGCGGCUCUCCUCCAGUUCUUCCUGGUGGCGACCUUCAUGUGGAACACCGUUUAUGGCACGCAGCUGGUGCUGCUGAUCAGGACGAUGCGCCCCACUCUGCCGCCACACUGGACGUCAGUCAGUGUCGCUGCUGGAUGGGGAGUCCCAGCGGUCAUCAUGGCGAUCACACUAGGAGCCACCUACAGCGUCAGGAAUCCUCUGGGAUACAGACGGGAGGAAUUUUGCUGGCUUGCAGCUCUGAACAAAGACAACCAGUUUGACUUUGGGAAACCGAUGUUUUGGGGUUUCCUGCUACCAGUCGGUCUGAUGCUGAUCUACAACAUUGUCCUGCUGGUUCUCUUCUCUCUGACCAUAUGCAAGACAGACCCCAUGCUGACCAGCACCAAUCCUUCAUCUUUGAGGAAGAAGUUCCUCAGCAGUAUUUCCUUGGCAGUGUUACUGGGUCUGUCCUGGUCUCUGGGGUACCUGGUGCUCGUCACUACAGGAGAAGCAAAUACAGUCUUAAGCAUUUUAUUCUGCAUCUGUACGAGCACACAGGGGCUUCUGAUUUUCAUCCUGUUCACAGCCAGAACGCCGACCUUCAGAGCCACCGUGUCGCGAUCUCUUCGGUACGUCUCAUCUGUCAACAUCCCGCUCAACUACACAACGUACAGUCUGUGGAAGAACUCUGGGAAGAGCACCAGCUCCGAGUCCUACAGAGACAUAAAGGACGAGACCAAAACACUGUAGGAACCCUCACGCCUCAACAAGAGUGGAAAUCUAAUUAUAUUUUUAUAUCAACAAAAACAAAAAAAUUCAAAAAGAGUACAUUGAUUUAAGCAGAAAUUGAAGGUCAAAUAUUCUGAAUUUCCAACAUUUCUUUGGUUUCUUUCUUGUUUUAAAGGUGCAAUAUGUAAGAAUGUAAUUCAAUGUGUAAUGCUGCUCAUUGGAGAAUGUUGGGUCUCUGUAAAUUAAAG